AUGCAAGAACAACAGCAGCAGCAGCAGCAGCAGCACCAAAGGCAGCAGCAGCAGCAGCAGCAGCAGGUGGAUCGCGAGCGAAGCUGCGGCGUUUGCUGCUGUCGUCUAGCGACGAGGAGACGGGGCCUCUGUGGGCGAGCCUGCAGGCUACAAGGGCAGCAGCAGCAGCAGCAGCAGCAGAAGCAGCAGCACCGGCAGCAGCAGCAGCAGCAGCACCAAAGCAAGAGCUGCUUGGGGGGUCCAGCAGACGCAGCAGCAGCAGGUGGAUCGCGAGCGAAGCUGCGGCGUUUGCUGCUGUCGUCUAGCGACGAGGAGACAGGGCCUCUGUGGGCGAGCCUGCAGGCUACAAGGGCAGCAGCAGCAGCAGCAGCAGCUGCAGCAGCAGCAGCAGCAGCACCGGCAGCAGCAGCACCAAAGCAAGAGCUGCUUGGGGGGUCCAGCAGACCCUCGCGGCCAGAAGUGGAGGCAAAGCAGCAGCAGCAGCAACAGCAGCAGCAGCAGCAGCGGCAGCAAACGCAACAACGGCAGCAGCAGGAGCAAGAGGAGCGGUACGAGCAGCAGCAGAAAAGACAGAAGCAGCAGCGGCAGCAGCAGCAGCAGCGGCAGCAGCAGCAGAGGCAGCAGCAACAGAAGCAGCAGCAAGAUGACACGAAAGAUAUACAAGCAGCAGCAAAAACAGCAGAAGCAACUGCAGCAACAGCAGCAACAGCAGCAGCAGCAGCACCGAAUGCAGCAGCAGCAGCAGAUGGUAUCGCAGCAGUAAAAGCAGAAGCAGUAGAGAGAAAUCCAGCAGCAAACGCUGAUUCUGCUGCGCUGCCGCUGCUGCUGUUCCUGCUGCCGCUGCAGCUGCUCCUGAUGCAGUAG